AGAUUUUUGAAAAGUAUGAAUUGAUAUAGAACCGGGAUGAAUAAGAAUGGCCAUUUUUGUGCUCCGCUACUAAACAAUCUUCCCAAGCAGGGAAAGCAGGCUGAUGCACAAGCUGCCCUUUGCAAGCAGGAGGGAGUGGCAGGAAAGGAAGGAAGGCUGCUGAGGAGGAGGAGGGGGAAGAGGAGGAGCGGAGUCCGUCAGUCAGUCUGUGUCCAGUGUACGAUAGCGUAGGAAAGCAGUCGUUGGCUGAGAAAGCCUGGACACUCCCGGGAUUCAGACGCUCCCUGAACACAACACCGUCUCCUGCCAGGCUGGCCACAAUGCAUCUGAACCCUCAAGGACAUCAGUGGACUGCAUGUGGACGUGUGACUCACCCCCACUAGACCUGCACUUUUGAAAAUCUCCAUUGGUAUGAUAAAGGGUCAACAGAUGGAGUCUGAAUGUCCACGUGUAGAGGAUGACCCCGACAUCAGGGUGAUGACGGCAGGGUCGACUCUGAGGAAGGUUAAAUCUCGUUCCUGGAAAAAGCAACGCCAUUUUCGACUCCUGGAGGACGGUCUGAGUGUUUGGUACAAGUCUCGAUGGUUAGGGAAAGGCCACUCCACUUUCUCAGUGAGCGAGGUCGAGGUCGUGCGCGAAGGCCACCAGUCGGAGGUCUUGCUGAGCAUCGCAGACGAGUUCUCCGCGGACCUCUGUUUCACCUUGGUGUUUCACGGUCGCCAAGGCACCCUGGACCUUGUGGCCGAGUCCCCAGAGGAGGCGCGGGCCUGGAUCCAGGGUUUGCGCAAGCUCAUCAACAAAGCUCAAACUAUGGAUGAGAAACAGUGGCUGGAUCAGUGGGUCCGGGACUGGUUUCACAAAGCUGACAAAAACAAAGACGGGAAGAUGAACUUCAAAGAAGUGCGGACACUGUUGAAGAUGAUGAACGUGGAAAUGAAUGAGGACCAUGCGUUCCAUCUCUUCACGAUGGCUGACCAAUCAGAAAGUGGCUCUUUGGAAAGCGAGCAGUUUGUCCUCUUCUACAAGAUGCUCACCCAGAGGGAUGAGGUGUGGAGAGUGUUCCAGGACUACUCUGGAGACGGAGAGAAGUUCAUGCUGGAGGAGCUGGAGAGCUUCCUGAAGGUGGAGCAACAGGAGGGAGAAGACAUCGCCCGACAUGCCCGGGAGCUUAUCGACCGAUAUGAACCAUCGGAAACAGCCAAGAAGCAAGGUACCAUGUCCCUGGAAGGCUUUCAGAUGUACCUGUGCUCUCAGGAGGGCUCCAUAUUCAGACCAGAACACCUGGCCCUCUACCAGGACAUGAGCCAACCACUUAGCCACUACUUCAUCUCCUCCUCACACAAUACCUACCUUCUGGAGGACCAGCUGCGGGGCCAAAGCAGCCUGGAAGCAUACAUCCAGGCCCUGAAGAGAGGCUGUCGCUGUGUGGAAGUGGACUGUUGGGACGGCAGCGACGGGGAGCCAGUGGUGUAUCACGGUCACACGCUGACUUCCAAGAUCCUCUUCAAAGACAUCAUUGUAAAACUCAAAGAAUAUGCAUUUAUGACAUCAGACUUUCCAGUCAUCUUGUCCCUUGAGAACCAUUGUGGUGUGGAACAACAGACGAUAAUGGCCAAGCACCUUAGCCAAAUCUUAGGUGACACACUAUUGAGGAGCCUUUUGGAUGGACAGGCAUCUCAGAAUCUCCCUUCUCCACAGGAGAUGAAAGGGAAGAUUUUGUUGAAAGCCAAGAAAAUUGCUGGUCAAGAGGACGAAGCUAAUGCAGAUGAUGUUAGUGAUGAAGAGGAUAUGUCCACCGGUGGUGCUGAGAACCGAUCUCUUGAAGACCUAACGGCACCUGAGACUUUGAACCACCACGAGAAGGUCGUUGCACGGAAAGCCGUGUCCAAACUCUCGAGGGAGUUGUCCGAUUUGGUGGUUUACUGCAAGAGUGUCCAUUUCCAUGGUUUUAAAAGUGCUCCUCUGAAUUCCAAAUACAAUGAGAUGUCUUCGUUCUCUGAGUCUAAGGCCAAGAGGCUUGCAAAGGAAGCAGGAUCAGACUUUGUGCAGCAUAAUUCAGUACAUCUAAGCAGGAUUUACCCUAGUGGCCUUAGGACCGACUCAUCUAACUAUAAUCCUCAGGAGAUGUGGAACUUGGGGUGCCAGAUAGUGGCUCUGAACUUCCAGACAGCAGGGCUGGAAAUGGAUCUGAAUGAUGGGCUUUUUAGACGAAAUGGCUCCUGUGGCUAUGUGCUUAAGCCUCGCUUCAUGCGAGAUAGUAACACAAAGUUUGACCCGGAGAAACCGGAGGAGCAGCCAGGCUACAAACCAUUACGCUUAUCCAUUCAGGUGAUUAGUGGGCAGCAGCUACCAAAGGUGAACCAGAAAGAAGGCUCUAUUGUAGACCCUUUGGUCAGAGUCGAGAUCUAUGGCGUGCCACAGGACCAGACUAAAGAAGAGACCAGUCACAUCAACAACAAUGGUUUUAACCCCGUGUGGAAUCAAACUCUGAAUUUCGUCAUCCAUACUCCUGAUUUGGCCUUGGUUCGUUUUGUGGUAGAAGAUUACGACAAGACAUCCAGAAAUGACUUCAUUGGACAGUACACGCUCCCGUUCACAUGCAUCCAAUCAGGGUAUCGUCACAUCCAUCUUCUUUCAAAGGAUGGAACGGCCAUCCCUCCGUCCUCAUUGUUUGUCAAUAUCAGUAUCUCGGAACUAACAUGAAGAACGUGUGGCCAGAUGUUGUCACCAUUCCAAUCAGCGAGCACUGGGGUUUUCACCGACCUUAGAAAAAGACUGCAUUGGGAUCAUUGGGAUCUGUCCAUCAAGUUUGAACUGUUUACCCUGUUCAGCGUCGCAGAGACUGGAGCCUAUCCCAGCUGAUUUUGGGCCGACUAAACCAUGGACUGGUCGCCAAUUACAGAGUUCACAUAGCGACAGAAAACCAUUUGACUGAGGGGGGACUGAACCGACACCGCCUGCACAGACAUCCGGGGAGUCAAACUCUCGACUCAAAAUAGGCCUUUUCCACAAAUACAAGACUGCAGAGUUA